CACAAUAUAUUAUUCCCUCAAAAAUUUUGGUUUGAUGAUAAGGAUAAAAUUUCGGUUAUAGAAUUGGCGAAGAACGAAAACAUUCAAUUGAUUAGUAAAUAUUUUUUUUCACGAUAAAUGGAUAAAUACGGAAUUCUUAAUGAUUACUUUAUGUAACUUUUGAAAGUUCGCCGUUAAAUCGUCUGCUAGCAGUAGCGACACAGCGAUCGGUUCGUGUGCUAGCGGAUAUCAGGCGGAUACAUAUGAUUCAGCUACAGGAUAGAACGAGUUGAAUUCUCGUGUACUGCGCGGCGUGCGUUUGACCGCAGUGUUGACGAAUAAUUGUCGAAAAAAACCUGUGAUAUUAUUUUUCUAUACAACCCAACGAGUCGUCGUGUGAAUAUUCCAAACCAGUAAAGAGCACUGUCAAAAUGGAUAACGAAACUGUUGAUAACACUGGCAGUAGUCAAGCUGAUUUCAUUCAGAACGAGUUAAACUUCGACGUUGACCUGAAAGAUCCUUUGACCAAGGCUACGCUUGAAGAUCACGAGGAAGAUGAAUGGAUGGAUGUACUAGGUGUUGGUCAAUUGAAAAAGAAAGUAGUCAAAGCUGGACAGAAAGGAACACGUCCUAAUCGGUCAGAUAUUUGUAGCAUUAAUGUGACUGGAAAAUUGGAAGAUGGAACUGUUGUUGAAAAGUAUGAAAAAUUCACCAUACAAUUGGGAGAUGUUGAAGUAAUACAGGGACUAGAUCUGGUUAUUGCAUUAAUGGAUGUUGAGGAAAUUGCUGAGGUUGAAGUUGAAGCUCGAUUUGGUUAUGGCGACCUCGGAAGGAAACCAGACAUACCUGGUGGUGCUAAACUUUUUUAUACUAUCGAGUUGCUGUCUGUUGAAAUGGAACCGGAAAUUGAAACCCUGGGAGUUGCUCAAAGGAAAAAAAUUGGGAAUGAAAAACGGGAGCGAGGAAAUUGGUGGUAUUCUCGAGAUGAGGCCUCGCUUGCAGUUCAAUGCUAUCGAAGAGCUUUGGAUUAUUUGGAUGAAACUAAAGGUGGGAUAAAUUAUCCCCAAGAUGAUCAGGAAGAAUCUAUAAGUAAUGCAGACCUCCAAGCUUUGCUAGAAGAUCGUAUGAAAGUCUAUAAUAAUCUAGCAGCAGCGCAAAUGAAAACAGAGGCAUAUGACGCAGCAUUGAAAAGUGUUGAAAAUGUUCUGAGAUGUCAGCCGAAAAAUGUCAAGGCGUUGUUUAGGAAAGGUAAAAUUUUACAACAUAAAGGAGAACGUGCUGCUGCCUAUGCAGUUUUGCUGCAAGCGUCGAAACUGGAUCCUGACUCGAAAGCAAUCCAGCAAGAAUUGGCGAUUUUAAAAGAAAAAACAGCCAAAGAUGCCAAACAUGAAAAGAAUUUGUACAAAAAGAUGCUCGGAACAGACAAGCAAAAUGGAACGUCAAAUAAAAAUACCAAUAAUCAAAGCUCAAAGACUACGCCUUCCACUAUAGCAUGGAGUUUGAUUGGAGGGGCUGUUGCUGCUAUAGCAGGAGUUAUUGUGUACAGGAAAAUUAGCUGCAGUUGACUAAAUGAAUUGACAACAUUAGUGCGAUUGGAUUUUUCGGAGAUAUCGCUGCUUGGCGAGAAGAUUCUCGUGCAAUUGCGAAUAUGAAACGCCACGUAUCUUGUGUUGCUCGAGAAGUAUUCGUUUAAAGUGGAGAUAUACUGGACAGCUAAACUGUCGUUAAAUUCAAGGUUAUAGACUGACUAUUAAGUGAUAAAACUAAUACAAUAUUUGUUAAAUAAUAGGAAUCUUAGAAUUAAAUCAAAUGUGAAUACUAAUUGACCAAAUAAAUCACUGAUUAAAUUUAA